CAAGCGAUCAGCCGGUUACCCAGCAAAGGCAAGCGAAGCUUAAACCCUACCGCUCUUUCUAAAGGUCUACUGCCAUAUCUCCGGUAGAUUGCAGUCGAGCUCGUAAUGUCAGUUGCAAACUCAUCGCCGCCAUUGGAGAUUUUAGUUAGAGAACCGGAGGGUUUCGUUAUAUGGAACGGACCACCUUUCAGUAGUAAUCAGCCCAGUAUCAAGCUCGACAGAGUUCCUUGCACAAGUGCAAAAUUCAGCGAAGAUGGAUCCAAACUCAUGGUGAUAAAAUCCGAAUCUUCAAUUAGCAUCUACGAUUCCAAAACCUCAAAAGAGAUAAGAUCAUUUGAAUCCCCCAACAUUCUUGCUGCCUCUCUAUCUCCAUGUGGAACUUACCUUCAGACCUUUCAGAAACUAUCAUCACCACAAGAAAAAAACGUCACAUUGUGGAAAACAGAAACAGGAGAAUCAGUUUACACUACGUCCCAGAAGAACAUGACCAAAGCAACAUGGCCAUCAAUUAGAUUUAGCUCUGAUGAAACUGUUGCUUCUCGUAUGGCUACAAAUGAAAUUCAAUUCUUUGAUGCUGGUGAUUUUUCAAAAGGCAUGGUGCAUAAGAUUAGAAUUCCUGGAAUAGCUGCAGCAGAGCUUUCUAAGCAACCUGGAUCCCAUGUUGCUGUAUUUGUUCCAGAAUCUAAGGGAACACCUAGCAGUGUUCAGAUAUAUUCAUGUGCACAGGCUUCCCAAAGUGAACCAAUAAGUAGAAGAACUUUCUUCAGGUGUUCAACAGUUCAACAACAUUGGAACCAUGGUUCUACAGGGCUUCUGGUUGUGGUUCAAUCAGAUGUUGAUAAAACUAACCAGAGUUACUAUGGAGAGUCAAAGUUGUAUUAUUUGACUUUAGAUGGAACUCAUAAUGGGCUUGUGCCCUUACGAAAAGAAGGACCUGUACAUGAUGUUCAAUGGUCAUAUUCAGGGAAAGAAUUUGCAGUUGUUUAUGGAUUUAUGCCUGCAAUGGUGACAAUUUUUGACAAAAGGUGCAAUCCUCUAAUGGAGCUUGGAACAGGCCCUUACAAUACCAUUCGCUGGAACCCAAAGGGAAAGUUUAUAUGUGUUGCAGGCUAUGGUAACCUGCCAGGUGACAUGGCUUUCUGGGACUAUGUUGAGAAAAAGCAACUUGGAGCCACUAAAGCUGAAUGGUCAGUAACAAGCGAAUGGUCUCCUGAUGGACUUUAUUUCAUGACUGCUACAACAGCUCCAAGAAGACAAAUUGACAAUGGGAUUAAAAUCUUUCAUUACAAUGGAUCGUUAUGCUUCAAAAAGAAGUUUGAGAAAUUGUAUCAGAUUGAUUGGAAAGCAGAUUCACCUGACAAAUUUGGUGAAAUUGAAGAACUUGUUAAAUCUAUUACCUCAUUAAAAGUAGACAACAAAACACAAGGAUCAAAACCUGUGAAACCAAUAUCCACAAAUCCACCUGUUUUAAAGAAACCUUCUGCAUAUCAACCACCUCACGCAAAGGUGGCAGCUGCUAAACAGGCACAGCUUUUUGGGGAAAGCCCAAGCCCUUCAACGGAAAUGAGCAAGAAUGCAUUGAAAAACAAGAAAAAGAGGGAGAAACAAAGGGAGAAGAAGGCUGCUGAAGCUGGUUCGGGUUAAAUUAUGAGGUUAGUAAAUCUUGUUUUCUUGGGGCAUUUUGGACAUUUUGAACAAUAUAGGGACCGAAUUUUGGCAUAAUCUCAUUACUCAUACUUGUCAACAUGUACUGAUAUAUUUAUAUAUGAUUAUUUAAGUCUUAUAUGUUCUU